AUGAAACAUCCGUACGAGGAAUUCCCUACAGGAUCCAAGUCGCCAUAUAAUAUAUCUAGAGGAGCUCAUCCUGGCGCUGUUUUACUUUCGCCACAAUCAUCUGCUAUAAAUAGCAAUAAUCCAGGUAGUAGUAAUAAACAUAACCAGGGCAAUUCAUCUGUGGCCACGAACGUUUUGUCUCCUCAAUCCCACAGCAUGUCACUUAAUGACAUGCUUGAUCAGCAACCCUUCAUGCUAGAAUCCACAGGGAAUAGGGCUCAGCCGCUCCAGCAGCAGCAGCAACAGCAGCAACAGCAGCAGCAGGCGUCAUUACCUUCCCUUAAUAUUCAACCAAUAUCGUCCACAGCAGCUGGUUCUGCUAUCGUUUCCCCCAUGAUGCAAUCUCCAAAAGCAUUGGAAUCUACUUUAUCUUCAACUUCAAUGUAUCUGGAUUCUUUUCAGAGGUCUUCGAAUAAUAUCUUAAGCCUUCCAUCGCAAAGUGGUUCAAUUCCCUUGCCGCAAUCACGUCAACCACAACAGCAGUCUCAACCGUCAUCCCAAAAAAAUGAUUCCAAUAUGGGUAUCAAUUUUAGUCAAGACAUUAACCAGUUAUGUUCUUGGAUAUCAAUGCUGAAUAGUAGCCAACAGAAUACUGUAAUGGAUAAUAUACUUUCCAUCUUGAAUGAUGAUGUUUUGAAAUAUACGAAAUUAAAAUUGGACACUUUAACAAACACUUCUUUUAUCUCGCCAUCCCUACCUGCAAUAGCAUCACCUAUACCUAAUAGAGAUGACACUGAGAUUUUGAAUAUUGAUUCUGUUUUUUCUUCUAGUCCUGUUGCCAAUGACCCUGAAAGUUCCGAUAAUUUACUGUAUCAAAAUUGGUCGCCUCAGCCACAUUCAAUACCGGUCACCCAACCCAUUUAUGAUAACAUCACCGACCCCAGUCAAAGGUCUAAGUCAGCUGAACCCCAUGCUAACUCCAGCCCAAAUCUCAUUUCCGUUCAGAAACAAUUCAACAAUGGUAACAAUACAAAAUACAAAAAGUUACCAUCAGACAGUCCCAACUAUCUCUCCUACUCGCUUUCAACUUCCCAUUCUUUUUUCCAACCAAAGCAAAGAUCGAACAUGGGAAAUGAAUAUAACUCUCAUCAUCAUCAUUCAUUGCAUCACCCUCUGCAUAACACAACCUCAUAUUUUUCCAAUACUCCAAAACCAUCCGGAAGUGAAUUGAAUAAGUCAAAUCAAAACGUAUUCAAUAUUACCAGUACACAUCCUAAGAACGGUGCGACAAGUAUCACCUCAACAUCCACAUCAUCCAACGGAAACACACCUCUAUCGAGUAAUUCUUCAAUGAAUCCAAAGAGUUUGACAGAUCCCAAGCUUUUAAAAAAUAUACCAAUGUGGUUGAAGUCAUUAAGACUACAUAAAUACUCGGAUGCUUUAAGUGGAACUCCAUGGAUUGAAUUGAUCUACUUAAAUGACGAGACUUUAGAAAAGAAAGGUGUUCUCGCAUUGGGUGCAAGGAGAAAAUUAUUAAAGGCUUUCGGAAUCGUUAUUGAUUACAAAGAACGUGAUUUAAUUGAUAGAACUGCUUAUUAA